AUGGCCAGCGCUGAAGCAGGGCCAAGCAGCAUCCCGCUGUACGUCAUCAACGGCGUUGCAACAGUAUGGGACGCCCAGAGUGUUGUGCAGCAGAACGCCUUCCUCGGUCUCCCGCUUACGCUCAUGCCGGAAGAGACGACGCAUCUGGUUGAGAGUGGCGUUGCGCACCUCGUCGCCGUCCCGGACAAGAUUACCCCGCCUUCCGCCGAGAUUGUGGCCGAGCGCACCGCACAGCGUAUAGCGCGCUCGCGGGCUACUGCAAUGCACGUCCGGCACGAGGAGGCCAAGGCGGCUGCGGCAGCCAAGGCGAAGUACAACAAGGUCGACGCGGCGGCAACGGCUAAGCGCGAAGAGCGCGCGCGGAAGAAGGCGCUGAAGGCUCGAGACGCGGCCAUCGCCGCUGGAGAAGACGCUGCCGUUGCUGAGGAGACGUAUCAGGCUGCUCUUGCUGCCAUCGGUGCUCCACCUGCUGCACCGAGUGCAGAGCUCGAUGUCGACGACUCUGUCCCGACUGCUGCGAACAGCAACUUCUUCACCGUCGUGCCUGCUGCCCCUGUCGUGUCGGUUGAGAUGGAGAAGAGCACGAGUGUACCUGCGCCGUCUUUCCCCUUCCCUGUAUCUCUCAGAGAUACGGCCAUCGCGUCCGUGUUCCGCAAGCUGCACUCCAAUGGUUUGCGUAUGGGUCUCGGACCGAGGUUCGGAGGAGAGUACCUUGUCUACCCUGGUGACUUCCUCCGAUACCAUGCACACUUCACGAGCCAGGUUGUCAAGAACAACGAGCCAAUUCGUCCCGCGGAGCUUAUUGCCUGGGGACGACUGGGAACCGGAACGAAGAAGGCGAGCCUCAUCUGUUGCUGGAACACGGACGAGAAGGAGAACGCUGGCCCCGAGGACACCGAGUUCUACUCCCUUGAGUGGGCCAACUUUGGAUAG